AUGGCGGACGAGGCUCAGAUCGCAGCGGGCGUACAGGCCCGCGCUACGCAAGUACAGGGACUACUAGCGCAGCGCAAGAACGAGGAGGCAGUGCGCGCGGCGCUGGAGGACCCGCCGCUACAGUCCAAGAACGACGCGAUGAAGGACGAGAAUGCGAAGGUGGUGAUGGCGGCACUUGUUGCCUGCAACAAAGGCGAGAUGCAGCGCACUAUCGAUUCACUUCCCAGUCAGCUGGAGGACAACCUAAUGAAGUACAUUAUGCGUUUUUUGGGCAUCGCGUCGCAGAGCGCUGCUAUGCUUGACUGGCACCAGAAGCUGGUGGCCAAAGCCGGAUCUGGCUGCGUCAUGCGCGCCUUCACGGAGCGGAAGCUGGUCUGA